AGCAGAGAGAGAAGUACUGUCGGAGUGUGGGCACGCGCUCUAUAACCUUGACCUCGUAAAACCCUCUCGGCUAUUUUGGUCCGCUCCUCGCCUUACACUCGGAAUUUUCAUCGAAACGGAGGAGAAGACGCUAGGUCAGCGCCGACGCUUCCCUCCAUGCCGACUGGAAAGUCCACAUAUUCUGAGCUAGGAAGCUUGCCCAAGUCUCCUAUCAUCUUACAACUGGACAAGGCAAACAAAAGAAAAAGAAGAUAAAAAAAAGGGGAAGAAUUGGGAGAGAGCUUAGCGAUUAGAGAGAGGAUGAUGGGGGACGGCGUGAAGUCGAUGCUGGCGAAGCCGAUCCACCUGGCCGAGCAGGUGCGGAAGCUGGCGGGCGACGCGCAGUCCUCCCGGCCGGAGUGCGCGGAGCUGCAGGUGAGGGCCGAGAGGCUGGCGGCGCUCCUCCGCCAGGCCGCGCGGGCAGAGCUGUACGGCCGCCUCGCCGCGCGCAUCAUCGACGAGACGUCGGACGUCCUCGCGAAGGCCCUCGCCCUCGUCGCGAAGUGCCGCCGCGGCCACAACCUCGUCCGCCGCCUCUUCACCAUCCUCCCCGCCAACGCCCUGCCCCGCAUGUCCGCCCAGCUCGACAACUGCAUCGCCGACGUCUCCUGGCUCCUCCGCAUCUCCUCGCCUCAGGCCGACGACGACGGCCUCCACGGCCUCCCCAACAUCGCCCGUGACGAGCCCAUGCUGUGCCUCAUAUGGGAGCACAUCGCGCGCCUCCACACGGGCUCGUCCGACGCCCGCGCCGACUCCGCCGCGCAGCUCGCGUCGCUCGCCCGCGACAGCGACCACUUCGCGAAGCUAAUCAUCGAGGAGGACGGCGUGGGGCCCCUCGUCCGCUUCCUCAAGGAGGGCUCCGAAGAGGGCCAGGAGAGCGCCGCCCGCGCGCUCGGCUACCUCGGCCGCGACCCGGAGAGCGUGGAGCACCUCGUCCACGCCGGCGCGUGCUCCGCGUUCGCGCAGGUCCUCAAGGACGCGCCCGUUCGGGUCCGGGCCGCGGCCGCGUGGGCGGUGGCCGAGCUCGCGGCGCACCACCCGGAGUGCCAGGACGUCUUCUUCCAGCACAACGUCGUCCGCCUCCUCGUCGUCCACCUCGCCAACGAGACCGUGCAGGAGCACAGCAGAUACUCCGUCGUCGGCCCCUCCAAGGCCAUGUCCCUCCACUCCGUCGUCCUCGCGCACACCAAGAGCAUCCGCGCAGCCAAUCAGCACCAAAUCUCGCAGCCAAGCCAACAUCAAAACCAGCACCAAAACCAUAACCAAAUCCAUUCAGUCGUGCAGUCCGCUAUAGCCGCGAAAUCCACCAACGGCGUCGGCGCGGCGGCGGCAUUGAAGAGCUACAACAACCUGGGGCCGGGCCCAAGCAAGGGGCGGAGAGAGGCGGAGGACCCCGAGACCAAAGCAUACCUGAAGGCCAUGGCGGCCAACGCCCUGUGGCGGCUCGCCCAGGGUAACAUAAGCAUCUGCCAGAGCAUCACUGAAUCCCGCGCCCUCCUCUGCUUCGCCGUGCUACUCGAAAAAGGCAUCGGCCGUGUCCGCUACUACUCCGCGAUGGCACUCAUGGAGAUAGCCCGCGUCGCUGAGCACAACGUCAUGCUGCGGCAGUCAGCAUUCAAGCCCAGCUCCCCAACAGCCAAGGCUGUAGUGGACCAGCUCCUCCGGAUCGUCUGGACUGGUGUUUACGACGAACUACUCCAGCCAUCAAUCACCGCGCUUGGCUGCUUGUCCCGGACGUUCCAGGCGAGUGAGACGCGGAUCAUCGGGCCAUUGGUCGCGCUGCUGGAUGAAAGCGAGGCUGCUGUAUCGAAGGAGGCCGUGAUCGCUCUGACAAAGUUUGCGUGCUCUGAAAAUCAUCUUCAUGUCAAUCAUUGCAAGGCCGUCAUUGACGCUGGAGGGGCCCGACACCUUGUCCAGCUGGUCUACCUUGGCGAGCAGGUCCAGAUCGAGGCGCUGAUCCUCCUCUGCUACAUUGCCCUCCACGUGCCUGACAGUGAGGAACUUGCGCAGGCCGGCGUCCUGGCUGUGCUCCUCUGGGCCUCAAAGCAGGCGCAUAUGGUGCAGGAUUCGCGGGUGGAAUCACUGCUCCCAGAAGCAAAGGCUCGAAUGGAGCUCUUUCAGUCCAGAGAAUCCAGAUGAUAUCCGGGUACUGUUUGUUCUUGCUUUCCAUUUAUCAAAUGAGAUUUCUGGAGUGUAUAUACAUCGAUUCUUAUAUCUUACAUUCUACAUCGAUUCUUAUAUCUUAGAUUCAGAUGAGAGCAAAUGCUUAAUUUGCUCAAA